AUGGAAUCGGUCCAUUGGGCUACUUGUCGUGGUCAGCUAACAAAGCUUAUUAAUCAAGCUACUGAGUACUUGGAAAACACAGACUUUUCCAAAUUAAGUGAAAAACAAACCUUGCUUGAAAACGUGGGGACUCUCUUGCACAGGUUAAGGAAUGCGCAUGAAAAUUUAAAAAAGGCGGACGUAGCCGCGAGAAAAAUAAUAAAACAGGAGGAUAUGGAGAAGGAAUGCGAGUCAGUGCUAGACUAUGACGACAAGGCGAUCACAAUUAUUGCAAAGUUGCAAUCGCGCGAAAAGAGUUUAGCAGGCCGACUUGAGCAUACUAUGAAUACGUCCACCAAUGGCGCUGGUGAGCAAUCGUCUCAUGGAGUUAAGCUCAAAUCUCUUGAGCUGAAGAAAUUCGACGGAAGCUUCGAAAAAUGGUUGCCCUUCUGGGAGCAAUUCAAGCCAACAGUGCAUGAUAACCCCCUUCUUUCAUCAGCAGCAAAGUUUAACUUUUUGAGCGAAGCAUUGGUUGACAGGGCUUCAUCAACGAUUCAAGGAUUCACUCCCACAGAGGAGCCAUAG